UGCACGAGACGAUGAUAGAUUGAGAAUAAAUAUUUGUAUCUUCCCCUGGGAAACCAUUAUGUGCUUUUUUGCCUCUCAUAACCAAACAGCCUCCUAACGCACACUCUAACCAAGAAUCAAGACGACCAAAGCCCUUUUCGUUGGGCACACCUACCAAUAUCACCCCCACCCUCAUCUCGUGAUAUCCCACCGGGCAGGGACAUACUCAUGGCGUCUGUUGAGCCAUCAGCCCCCGAGGCUCUCCAGCCCAUCUCAACAUCCUCACACGGCACUGCCCUCUGCAUCAUCCCGCCACGCGAUUUGUGGCCAUCCGUCGACCGGCUGAGGGCCCUCUACGACAAAGCACACAAAAAAUGGCCGCCGCACCUCAACCUCGUUUACCCCUUUGCCAAGGUCGAGAGCCUCGAGAGGGCGGCCGACGAGAUCGGUGCCGGCCUCGAGUCUUGGAGGCGGCAGACAGGAGACGACAGUAAGCCUAAGAUCCGGCUCGACUCCGCGGACGUCUUCCCCCACCGGCGGGACAACACCAUCUUCCGCUGUGACAGCGACGAGGACCGCAGGAGGGCGCUUCAGGAGACCCGGGCAACCGUGCUCGCGGCCCUGGGCCAGACGGACAGCGCCAGCCACCACCGGCUGCACAUGACGGUUGCGCAGAGCGACGACCUGGGGGCGAGCGCGCACAAGUUCCUCUAUGAAAAGGUCAAGCUGCUGCCAAAGAUGGAGUGGGAAGUCGACACCCUCCACAUCCUGGUGCGGGAGCGCACGACGCUCGAGAACGGCGCGUCGUCCAGCGUCAUGAAGGCCUGGGGCACCGUCGACCUCGGAACCGGCGCCGUGUCAAGAUUCCCGACGCCGCAGGGCUUUUACGAAGAGGACGCCCCUGGCGCCACGGAGGAGGAGGAGGAGAACGAUGCGAGCGUCGCACUGGGGGCGCGGCUGCCGCCGAGUCCGUCCUUCGCCUACGACGAGGACGCCAGGGUCUGGAAGAGGCGAUCCCCACGAGCCGCGCACGCGCAGCGGGUCGUGCCCCGGGAGCUCAGGGUAUCCAGCUACAACGUCCUAGCCGAGUUCCUCCACCCGCCCGCGCAGGACAGGUACCCUGCGCUGGUGCGCAAUAUAUUGUCGCGCCAAGGGUCGGCCGAAAUCCUCGUGCUGCAGGAGGUGACGGACGACUUCCUCGUCUACCUGCUACAGGAUGAGAGCGUACGCGCGGCGUACCCCUUCGUCUCGCACGGCCCGCCGUGCCAGGACGACCUGGAGCCGCUCCCCAGCUUCCUCAACAUGGUCGUCCUUAGCAGCUGGCCGUUCGAGUGGGAGGCGGUGCCGUUCGCGCGCCGGCACAAGGGCGCCAUCGUGGCCACGUUCCCGGGCUUGGCCCGGUGGGAGGACGGCGAGUGCCUCGCGCUCGCCGUGGCCGCCGUGCACCUCACGCACGGCCUGACCGACGGCGCCGUGGCGGCCAAGCGCGGCGAGCUGCAGCGCGUGCUGGCGCACCUGGCCGACACCUACGAGGGCCACCCCUGGGUCCUGGCCGGCGACUUCAACAUGACCACGUCGGCGCACACCGUCAGCGCCGCGCUGAAGAAGGGCGACAUCUCGUCCCAGACGGCCGCGUACCUCGCCGGCUUCGACACCAUGCUCGACCAGGCCGGGCUCGUCGACACGUGGGCCGCCUCGGGCGGCGGUGCCGGGAGCGGCGGCCACGACGCCGACGAGGCCGGCGCGACCUUCGAUCCGAGCCUCAACAAGCUCGCGGGCCAGAUGGUCGGCAACGGCCUCGGCAACAGGCCGCAGCGCUACGACCGGAUCCUCUUCAGGGGCGAGGGCAUGCUGGACGUCGCGGGCUUCAACAUGUUCGGCCUGGUCGACGAGGCGGCGGCAGCCCAGACGAGCGAUGGGGCGGCCGAGAGGGCGGUGUACGGAAGCGACCACUGGGGCAUCAGGUGCUCGCUGAGGCUUGAGGCAGGCAUGGCGUCGGGCGACGCGACAACCAGCGAGAUCUCUAGCCUGGUCGUCGCGGUCGAGCCCAGGAAGGCCUCGGGCGCGCUGGAGGACGUGCAGUUGUUGCGCGACUCCCUCUCCGCCCUCGGCGCCUUCCCGACAGAAGACGAGGCCGCCCGUCGCCAGGAGGCCUUUGAGCUCCUCAGGGACCUGAUAUUAGAGAAUCCAACGGGCACCGAGGUCACCGACGGCGCCUCCGCAGCCGCGCGCCCGAGGCCGCCCCUCGUCGUGACCUCCGUCGGGUCCUACGGGCUCGGCGUGUGGACGCCGUCGUCGGACAUCGACGUCAUGUGCAUCGGGCCCUACAGCUCCGCCGUCUUCAUGGCGCUGGCCGUGCAGCGGAUCCGCAAGGCCGGCGCGCGCGGCUUCAAGCUCGUGCGGCGGGUGAGGGCCAACACGGGCACCAUGCUCGAGCUCGAGGUGCAGGGGGUCAAGAUGGACCUGCAGUACUGCGCGGCCACGUCGGUGGCCGAGGGCUGGCCCGCCGUCCUGGACCGGCCCGCCUCGGACCCCGUCUUCUCGCUGCCGGCCCAGACGCUCGGCAAGCUCAAGGCCGCCCGCGACCUCGACUACCUCCGCCGCUCCCUGCCGGACCUGGCAAAGUUCCGCCUCGCCCACCGCGCCGUCAGGACCUGGGCCCGCACGCGCGGAAUCUACUCAGUCCGCUUCGGCUACCUGGGCGGCAUCCAGAUCUCGGUCCUGCUCGCGCGCGUUUGCAAGUCGCUCGCCCGCGACGCCGGGCCGGGCCUGUCCGUCGCCGACAUCCUCGUCACUUUUUUCCACCACUACGCCGCCUUCGACUGGCAGCAGAACCUGGCCUUCGACCCCUUCUUCCACAACAAGAAGCUGAGCUACCACCGCACCUUCCGCGAGCCGCUCGCCAUCCUGGGCUUCUUCCCGCCCAUGCUCAACACCUCCCACGCGGCCACGAUCCCCUCCGUCCGCGCCAUGGCCGGCGAGUUCCGCCGCGCCGCCGCCUUGCUCGCCAGCGAGGACGUGACAUGGGACGCCUUCUUCCGCGGCGGCGGCCCGACGACCGUCCCCGGGCCCCUGUCGGCGACCCUCCCGAGCGGCGCGGCCGACUUCCUGGCCUCGUACAAGUCGUUCGUCAAGCUCGAGCUGAGCUACUGGGGCAUAUCGCUCCCAAGAGGUGCACAGUUCGUCGGCUGGUUCGAGUCGCGAUGCCCGCUUAUCCUCGUGGACGUCUCCCGGCGGCUGCCCAACGUACUCGCGCGCAUGUGGCCGGAGCGUUUCGUCGACGCCGCCGCCGCCGCCGCCUCGGCAGGCGACGGCCAAGAGUCGGACCGCGAGUACCAAGGCUGCUAUCUCGUCGGACUCGAGCAUCAGCAGCAGCAAGAUUCAGAAGGCGGCACCCCGUCCAAGGAAGACCAGCGGGCCGCGGGCGGCACGCUACAGUCCCUGCUGCAGCGGUUCGAGGAGCUAAUCCGCGGCGACGCCAAGUACUACGACUCCAACUGCAUGUGGAUGAGCGCCUCGGUGGUGCGGCGGGACGACCUCGGCGGCCUGGCCGUCGACGGCCGCGAGUGGGGCGAGUUCACGGCCGGGGACGACGAGGAGGACGAGGAGGACGAGGACGAGGACACCGACCGGGACGGCGACGACGACUCGCUGGAAGACGACCUGGCCGCGCUCUCCGUCUCGAGGAAGGAGAGGAAGAAGAAGAAGGGACGCAAGGUCAGGGACGCGGCCUCGAGCUCGGCCUCUAGGCCGGGCGGCAGCGGCGCCAAGUUCCGGGCCGCGGCUGACGUCAUCAGCCGCCUGCGUUGGGACCCGUCGCUGGACAGCAGCGACUACAUUGUCGGGUACGAGGAUCGGUUCAAGGGCGCCAUGGAGAGGUCGCUCGACGCGUGGAAGUCGGAGCAGACGGACGAGGAGUUCAUCCCGCAGCACCGCAUUCUCUACUUCAAGAGGAGAAGCGACGGCGUCAUCGUUUGGGAACGGCGCACUCGCAAGGACGAACUGUUUGGUAGCGGGUGACCUUUUUGACUGUACAAGUUCAUCACAGCCCGAAUUAUUACGUAUUUAUUGCGCCG